AUGACCCCCAUGCUGUGCAAUGGCCUACAGCCUGAGGAGCAAGCCCGGACCGCACCCACUGCCCACAUCCAGGCCACUGUUGAUGCUGUGAUCCAGGCAUGGGAGCAGGUCCAGGCCCAGGCCAAGGCCGAUCAGGCUAUCCAAGCCAGCCAGUUGACUGACGCGAACCCCUGGCUGCGGAUGACUCAGUGGGCCGACUACCUGCAGGGCAUCCAGGCAUGUGACCUGCUUGCUAGCAUGGCAGCCCCGGAGGAAGACCCCAUGGAUGCCACUGAGCAGGGGGUGCAGGUGAUCUGGGAUACUGUUCCCCAGGGGUUGAACCGUCCUGCCCUCGAUGGGCUUGCGCGCCCCCUGAUUGGUCCAUUGCCCUGGCUCCCCCCUCGUAUCCACCGCGCGUGCUCCCGGUGCGUGCGUGCGUGGGGAUACAGCCCCCUGAUAUGGUGCUGCCCAUGUCUGGAUCUGCACCGCACCUCGCUGCCAGUAUGCCGUCUCACCCCGGACCCUACUGGGCCACCUCCGCACCCACCACCGGUCCCAUCCUACUGUGGCCACGCCUGCUCUCUGUCAGGCGGUGCUGACCGAGAUGCUCCAGCGGCCAUGGGCAGACCCGAGCCAGGGGACCCCCCCGUGCCAGGCCUGCCAGUGUACCAGGGGCGCGGGUGCCCCCACUGCCCCUACAUCUGCCGGGCCCUGGCCGGGCUUCAGGACCACCGUGCCCGGAAACAUAAGGACCAGGAUGGAUACUGGGGCCAGGGUAAACUUUCAGCAGCUCGGGCCCAGGCCCGGGCCCAGGCCCGCCUGGCAGAUCGUGUGGUUAGCUGCCAGCGGUUCUACCGUGCUGGGCCAGGGAGCCAUUUCUUUGAGGUGACCUGCGCUGCCCAGCCAAGCCAGCAGGCCCUGCUAGCCGCCCCCCAGACCCCUGCUGAGCGCAUCCGCGCUCAUAUAGACCAGGCCCUGCGGGAGGCGGAGGCGGCAGCUACGCUAGUAAAUGGCCAGGUCCCUAGCCUAGAAGGCCACCCAACUGAGGUCUCUCCCUGGCUGGAGCUGACCCGCUGGCCAGAGUACCUACGCGGGCAGGAUCUAACUGCAGUGGCCCUGCUCGGAUGCCCAGCGGACCCAGUGCAGGAGCCCCUGCUUGCCCUAUUCAGUGCUAGUGUCGAGCGGCUGAUCUGGCAGGCCUACCAGACCAUCCGGAGCGGCCAGAUCAAUGAAUUUGACCAGGUCCAGAUCAAUACCUUCUUUCGCGAGCCCGGGGUCUGGAACCGGCCCAUCCAGAUCCACCUCCGGCCGAAGACCUAUCGCCAGUACUGCCAGGUCUGGCAGCGGCUGGUCUGCUUCGCCUACCGCAGCACCAGACCCGACCAGCCCAUCCAGCUGCGCCACCAGCUGAACACCACCCAGCUGGCCGCGCUGGACCAGAUGGAGGAGUAUGGCCAGCAGUUCCUAGCCCUGCGCGCCAAGGGGCCAGAGACCCAACUAGCAUUAGAGGCAUCACAAAUCCCGCAGGAAUCCGGGGCAUCAGGGGCACCACUGCUAGCACCCCCAGCACCCCCAGCACCCCCAGCGCCCCGGGGACCAGCCGAACCCCUAGGGCCCCCAGCACUACCAGCGCCCCCAUCACUAUCCCCCCCAGAGGAAAAGGCACAGAACCAGCUGGACCAGGCCUGUCUCACCCUCUCUAUUGCCCUCCUGGACCAUACCCUGAAGGGGGAUCUCUUUGAAAGCACCCUGGUGGCCUUCCUUGCAGUGCUAGGGGUGGACCCCGCACGCCAGACCUUCCGGGAGCCCUACAGCUAUACCAGUUACCUCUCCGGACUGGUCAAGAUGGCCCAGAUGCUGGUGGCCCUGCAGGCAGUCCACCUAACUAGGGCCGGUGCGGUCAGCCACCCUGCAGAUGCCCUGGAUGAGAUGCGCGAGCGCUUCCUGCUGUAUGGGGUACGUGCCCCCUUUGGCUGGAUCACACGGCUGCGCACCUACGGGAAGAAGAUCCAGAAUAGCACCACCAGCCUAGGCUAUAUCUACUGGAGUGAUGAUGAGCAGACCCUCAGCUAUAAAGACCUGCGGCUCAGCAUGCGGGGGCUACGCCAGUUCAUUGCCGGCCAGGUGCAACUAGCCCAGGCAGACCUGGCACGGCUCUUCCUCCUCCAUGAGGAGGAGAUAAGGGAGGAGAUAGUGCCCCAGCUAGCCCUACAUAAGCUGCAGGAUGACCCCACGAAGAACCAGCGGGGCUGGAACUUCCUGCAGGACCAGCGGACCCGGGCUGCCCUGCCUACCACAGGGGAACGGUGGCUGCUUGAUCGUGUGCUAGGGACUGACUGGCUCCGGGAGGAGUUCCUGCAGCUACACCAGAUUGGCCAGCAGGACCAGGUGCUCUGGCAGGCAGGGGCAGUAGACCAGUACCUACAGCAGGUAAAAGUAUUCCUAGAGCGCCUGCUUCUGCUAGUCCAUAUGACUGGGGGGCAGCCAGCCCGGGCCACAGAGCUACUCAGCCUGCGCCAUAGCAAUACCCUCCAUGGCCGCCACCGCAAUAUAUUUAUUGAGCACGGGCUCGUGAGCACCGUCACCACCUACCAUAAGGGGUAUUCUAUUAAUAACACCACCAAGAUCAUCCACUGGUAUCUGCCAAAGGCCGUUAGUGAGCUAGUAGUCUACUACCUAUGGCUUAUCCUGCCCUUCUGCCAGGCCCUGCAGAAGCUGGUCUAUGGGCAGAAGGGCCCGGCCUCUGCCUUCCUAUGGCCGGCGGGGGAGGGGAGCUGGGAUAGCAGCCAGCUGCGCAAGGUCCUCCAGCGCGAGGCACGGACCCAUCUACAGACCAAGAUGAAUAUCCUGUCCUACCGGCACGCAGCUAUUGCCAUCUCCCACGUACACCUGAAAUGUGGGGGGUUUAAGCGGGACUAUGGGGCAGAUGAUGCAGCCUUUAAUGAGCAGGCUAGCCAUGGGUCCUGGAUUGCAGGCACUGUAUAUGCGCGGGGGCUACAGGAGGCACCAGGCCAUGUAGAGGCACGACGGCGCCAAUACCGGGCCAUUAGUCGCGAAUGGCAUGGGUUCCUGGGGUUUGAGACCUACCUAGGGCCCCGUAAACGGCCGGCGCAGGAUGACCUUAGGGUAGGGCAGCCAAAGCAGCAGUGUAUCAUGGUGGAGAUGGAUUAUGAUUAG